AUGCCGAAUAGAAAUGCUCUACUGCAACAAAUAAAGCGUGUUAGAAGGGAAAAUACGCCAUCGCAACCUCAAUCAUUAGAAGAUCUAACAAUUCCCGAUUCACUGAGAACUACAAUUGGCGGGGAGUUAUUUUUAAUUAAAGAUUCAACCAUUAGUGAUGAAAAACUUCUACUAUUUUGUACUAAAAAUAAUGUUCAACGGCUGUCGCAUACUCGUUAUUUAAUUAUGGAUGGUACGUUUUGGACAGUCCCGACAAUAUUUAGACAGCUAUAUACCAUACAUGCACCUGUAGGAGGAGACAAUUUUCGAGUUUUGCCACUAGCAUAUGCUUUAAUGUCAUCAAAAUCUGAAACCCUGUAUAUACGUCUUUUUCAAGACUUAAUUUAUUUUUGCGAAGAUAAUGGCGGGCAACUAAAUCCAUAUUGGAUAAUGACAGAUUUUGAACAGGCGGCAAUAAAGGCAUCAAAAGCUGAGUUUCCUAACGUGAAAAACAAGGCAUGUUUUUUUCAUUUAUCUCAAAGUACUUGGAGAAAAAUUCAAUCAUCUGGCUUGGUGAAUUUAUAUGGUACAAACGAAGAGUUUAGUUUAAAAAUAAGACAAAUGCUUGCCCUGGCUUUUAUUCCAUCUGAAAAUAUACCUGCAGCAUUUGAUGAACUUAAAGCGACAUUUCCUCCUGAAGCUGAAGAAGUUGUCCAAUGGUUUGAAGACAAUUAUGUACAUGGCCGGAUUCGUCGCCGAAACCAAAGAAAUGGUAAUAUUAUACGCACAGACCCACUUUUUCCGCCCAAACUUUGGUCUGUGUCAGAAUUAAUGGACCACGGAAUUCCUAGGACACAAAAUAUUGUCGAAGCUUGGCAUCGACGUUGGUCAACUUUGGUUGGUAAACCUCAUGUUGGAGUCUAUACAAUGAUAGAGGAGCUUCAGAAAGAACAACAACGAGUUGACUUGGAAAUUUAA